GGCAGUCGGGUGCAAGGAAGAGGAGAGGUUUGAUGGGUUGCAGCCGUGUGGUUUCAGUGCUUGGAUUUUGUUUGGACAGUUCGGUUUGAAAGUCUAUAAAUUAUAAUGCACACAUUUGAAUACACCAAUUAGACUACAAAGCAACAGAUUUGGGCGUAGUCAAGUUGGAUAAAUAGAAGAGUGCUGCUAAUUUGAAGGGGAUGGAUGAAAAACUUGAAUCCAAAGGCAAAGUUUGUGUUACGGGUGCUUCCGGCUAUCUGGCAUCUUGCCUUAUAAAGCGGCUUCUCUUGUCGGGCUAUCAUGUAAUUGGAACCGUCAGAGAUCUAGGAAACCAGAAAAAGUUGGCGCAUUUAUGGAAGCUGGAAGGAGCUACAGAAAGACUCAGAUUGGUGGAGGCUGAUUUAAUGAAAGAAUGCAGCUUUGAUGAUGCAAUCUUGGGAUGCCAUGGUGUCUUCCAUUCUGCUUCCCCUGUAUUGAAGAAACCUUCAUCUGAUCCAAAGACAGAAGUCUUGGAGCCAGCGAUUGAGGGCACCUUGAACGUGUUGCGUUCGUGUAAGAAAAAUCCAUCUCUGAGGCGAGUGGUUCUCACUUCAUCUUCUACAGCUCUAUGGAAUAGACCCGAUGAAGAUUUAGCAUCCAGUUUAAAACUGGAUGAAUCAUCUUGGAGCUCUGUGGAACACUGCCAGAGACUUCAGCUUUGGUACCCUUUAUCUAAAGUUCUAGCCGAGAAGGCAGCGGGGGAUUUUUGCGAAGAAAAUGGGAUCGAUUUAGUAACUGUUCUACCUGCGUGGGUGAUUGGACCUAGUUUGUCACCUGAUCUAUGUUUGACUGCAUCACGGGUACUCAGCCUGCUUAAAGGGGAUACCGUAUGGUAUGGAAGAAUGGGAUAUGUUCACAUUGAUGAUGUUGCACUCUGUCACAUCUUGGUUUAUGAGCAUGAAAGUGCUCAUGGUCGAUAUCUUUGUAGCUCAACAGUUUUGGACAACGAUGAGUUGGCUUCCUUAUUAUCCAUGCGAUAUCCUUCCUUACCUAUUGCCAAAAGGUUGAAGCAAGUAAGCAGACCAUAUUAUGAGUUCGACACGUCAAAGUUGCAGAGUCUAGGAUUCAAGUUCAAGACUAUCCAGGAGAUGUUUGAUGAUUGCAUUGACUCUUUGGUGGAGCAAGGCCAUCUUUCUGCACUCUAGUUAAUUUAUGCCUGUGAAAGCAAACUAAAAACAUACUCUGAUUCAUCAAGAUGAAAAAUAAAAACUGACUUAACCCUAGGGCCUGCGGCACAUGGAUUUUCUAUC